AUGAACCCCUUUUUUCUAUUUACUUUCGAAAUUAGACAAGAGAUAGUUUCUAAAUAUGUGAAUAGCAUUGCUUAUGUAAUAAUACAUUAUUUUAUCAUCCUUGUCAACCAUUAUAAUAAGUAAUCAAAGCAGAAUUUUUAUUAUUUAACUAGAGAUUCAAACAAUUCUAAUCUCUCAGCAUUACUCAAUUAAUUAGAUGUUAGCAAUAUCGUUUUCGAUAAUUCACAAUUUACACUUAUUGUAUCAAUAAUCGAAUUCGCUUUGUCAUUACUUAUCACCCUGCUUGGAAUUCUGCUACUUUUAUAAAAAAACAACAAUCAGGCUCAACAAAUAUAGUUUAGGAGUCUCGGAAAUGUACUCAUUUAGUUUAUAUAGAUUUUUAUAAGAUCCGUAAGAAUAUUGUACUGGAUUCUGUGUUAUCCCUUCCUCUUAGUGUCGAUCUAUAACACCUUGCUUGACAAUUCGAUGAGCCAAUAUUUUUCAAUAUUCACAAUCCUCUUUGUCGUGCUCUUUACUUUUUUUCACGACUUUGCAUUGCUUAACGACAAUUUUAAUAAACAAGACUUUCUGAACGUCGCACAAUCUUGGCCCUAUGUGUUUAGCAGUUGGAUUAAAUUAGUGUAAUGCUCUUACUCAAGUUAUUAUUAUGUAAACCAAAAUUCCCAUAUGGUUUAUUUACUUGUUAGUUUUGGAUUGUCGUUUAUAAAUUACAUUUAACUAGAGUAUUUUAUGGUAAUUUUUGGAAAAUAUGAUAUAGAUUACAUCUUUCAUUUAGUUAAUGUGAUUUAUUUUGGGUAAAGCUUUGGAUUGCUGAUCUAAUAUUUCAUUAACAUCGAUGAUCCUUACACUCUCAUAACUAUAUUGAUAAUAAUUGCUUGUGUUGCCGUUCAUGUUGGUUUUAGAAAGUGGCAUUUUGAGUAUCAAUUCACUAAUUCCAAAGAUGUUUCAACCCGAGUUAUGCUUUUAAAUUGGUUCAGAGAACUCGAAUGCUCAAAUAUAUAUUACAUGGGAAUGAUCACUAAACAUUAUAAUCACCCAAAUAAUAGGAAAUGCUUCCUAAGACACAGUGCCAUCUAUUACAGUGGUAAGAAGUUUGCCAAAUACACCUACAUAACAACCAAGAAACACAACAUCGAAAAAUACAAAGGAUUGUUUGUGAAGUUCCUCAUCAAAUGUCUACUUGAAACUUAAUUAAAAGUGUAACCCAAUUCUGAUGAAAUACGGUUGCUCUACUCAGAAAUCUUAUUCUAUAAAUUCAAUCUAAUCAACCAAUCAUUCAAACACUUAUCCAAAAUCAAGAACAACAUCAAUUUUAACUAAAAAAUGAGAAUUAAAUAAUUAAAACUAUCAAUUCACAAUAAAUUGAAGGAGAACAAUCAAUUAAGUUAUCGUUCAAAACUUCCCUUUGAAAACGUGUUGAAAUGCGAAGAACAAAUGAAAGAGUUCUUCUAGGCCUUUCAAAAAAUAGCUGAAUUGCAAGUGUAUUUUUGGAAGAAUUAACUUCAACAAGUUAUUUCAAUUCCUGAAUUACUUAAAAUAUGUUAGUCAAUACUGUAAGAGAUUUAGAUUUGUCAGAAACAAUGGAAAAACAUUCAUGUCACUAAUCCAAUUGAUGAAUAACAAAUGUUGAUAAGAUUCAGAUGGAAAUUCUUCUACCUCUACUUUAAACUGUAUAUUCUUCAUAAGAAAUUAAAAGUAUAAGAAAUCAAAGAACUACCUGAUCAAAAUCUUAAAUCCUAAUAAAUCUUUUAAGAUGAAAAAGUAGAUGAAAGAUCCUCAAGUGAAGAUGAGGCUUAAACCAAAAGUUAUUACCUAACAAAUUGUAUCAUUUCAUCUAACAACCUUUUUUUUCGAGUUGAUAAAUUUGGAGAAAUUAUAGCAGCUAGUCAAUCAACACUUAAAAUUUUAGGUCGAUCUUAAAAUGAAUACAGAGGAAUUAGAGUUGAAACACUAAUGCCAGACGUAAUCAAAGAGAAUCAUAAUGAUUUUUUAAAGUAAUUCUAUAAGACUGGACAAUCUGAAAAUCUAUUUAAGAGAAGAUCCAUUUUGGUCAAACAUAGCAAAGGACAUUGUUUUAAAGCACAAAAAUAUUUGAAAUACAUUUUUAAUUUGGAGUAAGAUAGGUUUGAGUAUUUGAGCAUGUUGAGGUAAGUGUCGAGUCGCUCUUAGUAUAUAGUUUUGAAUUCAAGGUGGGAAAUUGAUUCUUCAAGCGAAUACCUUUAUUAAAUAUUCGGAGAUUACAAACUCCCUUUUCUAUCCUUAUGUCCUAAAGCCAUUUCAUAUACUGAAUACGCUCAAUUUCUUACAAAUUUUGAUAUGAAAAUUUUGAGUCUGAAAAUAUGUUCUUAUGGUAGCAGAGAGAGAAUCUAAGAUAAGAAAUUUACAUUCAGAAGAUAAAAUGAUUAAACAUUUAGUAAUAAAUCUAUCAAUGAAUUAACAAGCUUAGUUUUUAAAAGAGAGUUGGAGGAGAAGCAAAAGUAGAAUGUGAUUUAAUUGUUUUAAUAAAUUCUUGAGGAGGACAAUGACAUUGAGAAAACUGCAAAAUUAACCAGAUUGAAUCAUAUUAAAUUAAAUAUUAGAGUACCUAUGUACAAAGCUGAAUUUCAAGAAGAUUACAAUAGGUAUGAUGCUUAGAUGUAGACCAUUUUUUAUGAUGGGGAAAGCAGGAAGAGGUUGAUUAUCAGAAAUGACAAUGGCAAUUUAAGAGUAGAUAAAUUUGAAUUCCUUUAAAGAUAUAGAUGGGUUAAAUAAUAGAGAAUGAAGUUUAUCUAUUAAAAAAUUAAAAAUCUGUUUGAACAUUUUUGUUCAGAAAAGGUACUUGAAAAAGUGUUAAAAGUUGAUGCUAAUAUCAAAUUCUAUAAGACUCUAAAUAAAACAUCCUUUCAUAUUUUGAAGAUUAAUCGUUUAGAACUUUAUGAUGAAAACACAAAUAGCAAUGAUAAGCAGGAGAAUGAAUUUAUCAACACCAAUUCAUUUAGACCAUACACUUCGGCUUUGGCUAAAGAAGUUAUAAUAGCAUCUCAAUCUUAGUCAUAUAACUUAAAAAGUCAAAGUGGAAAUAUGUAUUCAGAUAUGGAAUUGAUUACGAAUAGAGAAUACUCUUAAAAGCCUUUUUUAAUUGAUUACACCCUCAGGGAAGAUUUUUUAGUUUAAGGAUCAAAUGCAAUAUAUAGUUUAAAUGAAUAGAAAAAUCCUUUUAUAAAGGAAGAGAUAAAUAAACUAUCAAAGAAGAAUUAAAAAUUGACCUUGCUAGUUGUUUUAAACAGAUUUUCAUUUUUUUUGUAACUGGUGUUUAUUUCCUUUACUUACUUUUUUUGCUCAUUCUACUACAACCCUAUUACUCUACACAAUUCAGUGAUUUUAUUCGGCCAUCUUUAUAAAAUAUAGUUGUUAACCGUAUCAUCAUAUAAUUAUAUCAUUGAUGUAGCUCUAAUGAAUGAGUAAAAAUUGUCAAGCUUAUUAAUUACAAAUCCAGCAACAAAAUUUAAUACAACGAGGUAGUUUUAUGAUUUUGUCAGUUUGGAGAUUGGAGAUUAUAAUACUUAUGUUUCCUACAUCUAUGCUAAUUAAGAUUUUGUGUCGAUGGUUUAUUCUGGAUUUUAUGGGGAUGAUGAGAAUGUCAGUGGACUGGAUAUUUUGGAUUAGUUUAAAGUUAACUUAUUAUAAUUUAAUCGCUCUGACAAGUCUUCAAUAAUAUAAAAUAAUACUAUACUAUCCCAUUUUAGAGAUUACAUGGUACCUUAUGGGCAAGAAUUAAUGUAGGAUUCUGUUGCUUCAAGAAUUAAUGAUGCUAUUCAAUAUUAAUCCUCGUCUAUUGAUAAUCUCAUUCUCUUUAUGAUACUCCAAUUGACCUUAAUGCUAAUCAACUCAAUUUUUUCUUUGCUGAUUAAAUUUAAGUUUCGCAAUGAUAUAAAUACUAUAUACUAAAUUGUUACUAACUUGCCCAAAGAUGACAAAAUUAAAGCCAUGAGACAAUAUCAAAUAUUAUUUGCAUAAUUAAAUUCCCUUUUUGAAGAAGAAUGUAAUUUUACAUCUAUUAUAUCAUUUAGAAUAUGGAUACAAAAAAUAAUCUUUGCAUAUUUUGAAUGGGGAUACAGUUAUGUAAAUAUAAUCAUUAGUCAUAGAUAGCAAGACUUUGAAAUAAAUGAAGUCGAAAAAAUCAAUUAAAAAAGAGAUAAAGCCAAAAUUCAAAAGCCACCAAAAUAUUCAUUCAAUACUGUUUUUGCUCUUAUGUGUUAUUUAACAAUUAUAACUGUUUUAUUCAUACUUGUGUAUUAUUUCAUUUUGGAUAAUCAAACACAAGUGAAGUAAUUCUUUUUGGAUAACAAUUUCUUAGUUCAAACAAACUAUUUUUGGCUAAUUACAUUGCUUAAGGAAAAAUUCAUUUAUGAAAACUAUUUAAACUCCUCUUAUUACCCCAAUAUCACGAACUUUAGAUUCCAGUAGUUUCUUAACGACGUUUCACUAUUUUAGCCUAAUCUGUAUUAAACAUCCAUAAAUGAGAUUUAACGUGUUUUUGAUGAAACAUUGUGUGAUUAAUCAUUCGAUGAAACUGGAACUUAUAUUUAUUACAAUUAGUUCUGUGAUGUUAUAUUGGAUGGGGCAUUAAAAAGAGGAUUAAAACAAUUUAACAUAUUAUUAUCAUAGGUGGUAAUAAAAGCAUUAAAUCCAGAUGAUUAAAGAUAUGAAAGUUUUACUUUAGAAGAUCUUGCCCAAUAUUAGAUAUCAUUUUAGAUUAUUUAUGAAAUAUAUCAGAAUAAUUUUCAGAUUUGGGCUUCAGAUGCUGAGAAUAUAUUAAAGAGUUCAUCAGAUUUAAGUCUAAUUUGCUAUAUUACGUAACUUGUUGUGAUCUUCAUUCUAUACUUUUGUUUAUUGGAAUAUUUCUUAUUUACUAAGCUAUAACAAGACUUUAAUUUCAGCAAAAAAUAUUACAGAUAUUUCAUGCUGAACGAAACCAUGAAUUAAGUGAAGACUAUGAGAGUAGAUUUGGUAAGAUCUGGUCUAUUAUCCAAAUGA